GGACACCUCCACCUCGACCACUAUCAUGCCGUCGAAAACACUCGAUUUCGCGUCCUUGGAAGGUUCUUCCAAAUAUCGCCAACUGCCCUCUCCUCCCGGUUUCUCCAGAUCCCUUACCACUUCCAAAGGCCCAUCCAAGUCAUCUAUCGCCUCGACAGCAGCCUACGACCAGCUCAAAGAGCGCCGAGCAUGGGACAUGGCCAUCGCUCCCGCAAAGUCACUCCCAAUGCAAGCCUUCAUGCUCUACAUGUCCGGCGGGGGAGUACAGAUAUUCAGCAUGGGCAUCGUCGCCAUGCUCUUAUGGACACCAUUCAAGAACAUCGCUGGGAUUAACGAGGCAUUUGUUCAAUUCGCACCAUCGACAGGCACCACCAAAAUCACUGACGACCCUUCCCCUGCAAAAGAUCGUAUACGUGUUAUGCAAUAUGUUGACACUGGCGGUGGGGACUGUGGAAAGUGUCGAUCAAUGGGGCUGCUGCCUACCGGGACGGGAGACUGGCUUGCUUUCGAGACGAGAGGCUUGGCUCCCGAAUUAUCAUUAUUCUAGCUUAUUAAUGUUAUCCUGCUUUCUUACUUUCAAGAUCCUUCAUCGCUUUCUCCACCUCGAGUCUCUCCAUAACAGCUCGGGUAAGACUCGACUUGCCUUUAGCCCCACCUGCAGCCUGCGGCGUGGUAGAUGCUCCUUGUUCGUGAGUCCGCAAGUGAUGUGGUACGAUAAUUGGCGUGGAAGGCGGUGGAGGUGGCCACUAGACUCGUACACUCAGAGAUACAAUUAGGCGACUGAGAGAAAACACCUACGUUUCGCCUUAGCUGAUUGAAAUGAAGGGCAGCCCAUGGCGGGUAUUCCUUCUCCAGCCGAAUGAUGUGUUCCUCGAGAAAUUUUAUUCUUGCUAGUAGGUUUGCCGGAGGAGAAGGUA